UCAUUUUCUGCUUCUUUAGACAAUGAAAGGGUCAUUAGUGACUGAAGAAAAAGAUGAAACUUUUAAGAAAGCUCUGACUUCAGGAGAUGUUUCAUUGGUUGAAGAACUUCUAAAUUCUGGAAUGAGUGUGGAAUCCAGUUUUCAGUUUGGAUGGACCCCUCUUAUGUGUGCUGCUAAUAUUGCUAAUGUGGAGUUGGUGCGUAUCUUGUUGGACAGAGGGGCUAAUGCAAGCUUUGAUAAGGAUCAAUAUACUAUUUUGAUGGCUGCAUGUUCGGCACGUGCUUCAGAGGGUCAAAUUUUAAAGAGUGUAGAACUACUACUUUCAAGAAAUGCUAACCCAAAUGUUGCUUGCAGGAAAUGUAUGACUCCAAUCAUGUAUGCAGCUCGAGAAGGCCAUGCCCAGGUUGUUGCUCUCCUUGUUGCUCAUGGAGCAGAAAUAAAUGCCCAAGAUGAAAAUGGUUACACAGCCUUAACAUGGGCAGCACGUCAGGGUCAUAAAAGUGUAGUUUUGAAAUUGCUUGAACUAGGAGCUAAUAAAACGAUACAGACCAAAGAUGGAAAGACAGCAGGAGAAAUUGCUAAACGAAAUAAACAUCCAGAGCUCUUCACUUUACUUUCUUUGACUGUGAAUCCAUUGCAAGGAAAGCUCCAGCACCUAACUAAAGAGGAAGCUAUAUGUAGACUUUUGACAACAGAUGGUGAUACAGGAAAAGAGCACAAAUUUAGCUCAUAUACAGCUUUUGGUGAUCUGGAAGUAUUUUUACAUGGACUUGGACUUGAACAUAUGACAGAAUUACUAAAAGAAAGAGACAUAACCUUACGGCAACUUCUGACAAUGAGAAAGGAAGACUUCACAGAGAGUGGAAUUACUAAUAUUAGAGACCAGCAAAAAAUUCUGGAUGCUGUUAAAGAAUUACAGGUAGAAGAGAUAAAAUUUGGAGAAUUGACUGAAGUGAUAAACUUGGAAAUCAGUGGUGAUGAGUUCCUCAAUUUUCUGCUAAAAUUAAACAAACAAUGUGGUCAUUUAACUACAGCCGUACAGAACAUAAUUAACCAGUUACCAGUGAAUUCUCAUAAGAUAGUAUUAGAAUGGGGAUCCUCCCAAAGGUUUACAUCAGUUUGUGAAAAUUUGGUUUGUAAUGUUGAAGAUCUGGGUGAAGAAGUCUGUAAACUAAAAGAUUUAAUUCAAAAGUUGCAAAAUGACCAGAAAAAUGAUCCCUGUCGUGUACCACCUAUAGAAACAUAUUCUACCUGGAAUAGCAGAUUUUUGAAGAGGGCAACAUUUACAGUAUGCGGAUUUGGGUUUCUCCUUUUCAUUUGCAAGCUAACUUUCCAGAAAAGCUGAUGUUGAUACUUAUUUUGAGCAAUGUGUAUAGUCAAGCCUUCGGAAGAGAGUUGAUAACUACUAUUUAUGUUGUUUUAUACUCUCACUUUCUAGAAACAUUUCAGAAACAAGGUUGCACAUGUUUCUUCAUGGAUUUUUUCUGUCAGAUUUAUAAAUCUAAUUUGUUAAUUUUGAUCAAGAUAUAAAUAACAGGUAAUUCUAUGAUUUUUUUUAUUCAUUUGAAUAUCUUCUGUGACUAUUGGUCACCUUCAAAUAAAGUUUUACCUAGUUUGUCUUUGA